AUGGCUUUUUCCGAAGCUACAGUUUUUUCUCAGAAAUAUACUUUGAAAAUAGAGUUUAACGAUAAGAAAUCUAAUGAGGAACUUUUAGGAGAACAGAGUUCUCACUCUUUGACCGAGUGUACCGCCAUGUGUCAAGGCGAGUGUAGCUUCUAUGGAUUUCAUCCUCAGUUGAAGAAAUGUCGGACCCACAAGAAGGUUUUUACGUCGGGACUGUUUAAUGAGAGUGGCUGGAGAUACUACUCAUAUGACUCAAUUCCCUUUGAUUGUGAAGAUCUUCAUGAAAAUUCUGGCUCUAAUUCUGGCGUGUACGACAUUUACCCAUAUCGCACCAUUACCAUGCCUGUAACAGUGUACUGUGAUAUGAAGACAAUGGAAGGAGGGUGGACUGCAAUUCAAAAACGUGUAGACGGAUCCGUGAGUUUUGACAGAAGUUGGACGGAAUAUAAAAGUGGUUUUGGUGCCCCAGAACAGAAUUACUGGAUUGGAAAUGACGCCAUCCAUCUGUUAACAAAGGAGAAUAAGGCAUCCCUUUAUGUUUCCAUCACUCUACAGAAUGGUACAACGCUGUAUGAAAUGUACGACGGAUUCUCUGUCUAA